UGUAAUUAGACAAAAUACAAAAUACUAAUAAGUGUAUUGAAGAGAGGGAAGAGGUAAAGAUGAGAACACAAAUAAAGUGUGUAAACGGCGCAGUGUCUUCUGAACCGUUCUGUCUAUUAGUACUACGUUUACAGAUAAGCCCGUUGAUUGUUUUGUAUUGUUGGAACCAAACAAGGAACAAUCUCUUCUUAGUUCUUCCUUUCUUACUUUCAUUUCAUGUUUCAUGUUACAGUUUUGAGACUUUGAGUUGAAUCUCUACUCUCUCUCUCUAUCUACCUCUCUACACGUGUAUCAUAUCAUCACCCUUCAAAACAACGGUUUCAUGUUCUUCUCUUCUCUCUCCCUCACUCUAUAGCAACGGUUUAAUUUCAUGUUCACAAAUUCAGCUCAAAAUAUGCUUCUAUGUUUUUAAAUUCUGAUUUUUCUUUCAAAUUCAUAUAAAUUUAAAUUGAAUGAAUUUUUUUUGGUGGAACUGAUCUUUAAUGAUGUAUUUUUAAUUAUGAGCUGAAUUAAAUCUGCAAGUUCUGAAUUUUUUGUUUUCUCUUUUUGGCUUUGUUUCAUUUAUGGAACUUCAGGUGCACAGAUCUAUGAGCUGUGAAAACAACUUGGUAAGUCCUCACAAUUAUGUACACAGAUUUUUAUUUAUUUUUAUAUUAUAGGUUUCAAACUAUGCUAUGAUGACUUUGUUUCCAAUUAAUGUGAUUUUGUAUAAUGUUUGCUAUUUAAAGGCUAUAAACACAAGCAGAAGCUACAAGGGGUUUGGUGCAGAAUCAGCUUUAAUUAAUUUUUCUGCUUUUUAUUUUAACUUAAAAACAAAAACAAAAGGUCAAAGACAAUUCAAAAGUACUAGUACACUACAUUAGAUCCAAUGUUUUUUACCUUAUUAUUUUUUCCAACAUAAAUAAACAAAUUUGUUAUGAUAUAAUAAAAUUAAUUUAGGGUUGGUCUUGUGUCUGUGUUUGCAGGAAGUGAGACUGAGAGGCUCUGAGCCCUACUCUCAUUAUCAUUUUUUUUUUUUUUUUUGCUUUUGAAAAAAGCCUUAAACAUUGGUUCCUGACUUAGACUAUGAUAUAUCACUGCAUUAAUAAAUAAUUAAGUUAAAUAAAUAAGUAAGACCUUUUUUUAUUACUAUACAGCCAAAAAAACUCCCUCACCCUCAUUUAUCAUCAUCAUCAAUGCAAAACACAUAGCAUCUCUCUCUCUCUCUUUCACACACACCUCUUCUUGUGUUUGUGGAAAAAGGCAUGAUUGUGAAAUGGAGGAUGAGAUUGAAGCACAAGCAUGUAAGUUUCCAAGGCUUGGAAAUGGUUCUUCAAAUAACAAAAACAUAGGUAAGUAUCCUCUUGAUGAUGAGGAACAAGAGCUUAUUAUUAGAAGGAAAAAUGUUAGAGAAAUUGGAAGAAUUGAUGAUGUCAAUGUUAACACAAGAAACCAUUUCCAAAACCAUUCAUCAAGAAUUGUUAGAGUGUCUAAAGCAUCUGGUGGAAAAGAUAGACACAGCAAAGUAAUGACUUCAAAGGGUUUAAGAGACAGAAGAGUUAGGCUGUCAGUUACAACAGCUAUUCAAUUCUAUGAUCUUCAAGAUCGUCUUGGUUAUGAUCAACCUAGUAAAGCUGUUGAAUGGUUAAUCAAUGCUGCUUCUGAUUCCAUCUCUGAACUACCUUCUCUCAACAUCAACACUUUCCCUCAAACCCCAACUCAUGAAAGACAGAACAACAACAACAACCUUAAUUCUUUGUCUAAAUCUGCUUGUAGCAGCACUUCUGAGACAAGUAAAGGUUCUGAGAGAGCAAAGGAGAAAGAUAAUGAGUCUAGUUUUGCACAACAACAACAACAACAGCAACAUCAUCAUGAUGUGAGUGUGAAUCAUAAUCAUCACAUUUCUCAAACUGCUUCAUUUACUGAGUUACUGACUGGUGGAAUUGGUAGUAGUAAUGUAAGAAUUCCAACAACAACUAGUCCUAAUGGAUCAGUUCAUGAUUCUCAGAUUAAUAAUCAUGGUGAUGAGUUCAACAAAACAAGACAUCAUCAACAAUGGUCUUCAACAGUAACACCAAUAAUGGAUUAUUUCAACUCAGGACUUAUGGUGUCAAAUUCAAGAACUCAUCAUCAUAAUCAAUCUUCUACUUCAUCAUCAUCAUCUUCUGGUUGUUUCCAACUAGGACAACAACAUUCACUACCAGUUUCACCAUUCAGUAAUAGUGGUGAAAACAACUCAGAUAUUCAAAUGCAGCAGCAUUUUCCAUUCAUGUCUGAACAUCUUAUGCAGCAACAAGCUGUGGUUACUUCAUCAUCAUCUUCACAUCAAGCAAGUGGGAAUAAUGAUCAUCAUUACAAUCUUAACUUCGCUAUAUCGUCUUCGGGCCUUGUUGGUUACAAUAGGGGGACCCUUCAGUCCAAUUCACAGUCUCUUUUGCAUCAGUUGCAGAGGUUUUCACCUAUGGAUGGAUCAUCAACAACAUCAUCAUCCAAUAAUCUACCUUUCUUCAUGGGAGCUACUGUUACUCCUGCUGUUCCUUCAACAAUGGACAACAACCAUCAACACCUUCCAUUUUCACCUGUCUUUGAUGCUCGUUUGCAGCUUUGCUACACUGAUGGAAGCCGCCAUUCAGAUCAAAAGGGAAAAUGCAAUAAGAACUGACUUCUUCUUCCUGGUAAGUGGAAUUCUCUUUCGUGUCCUUUCAAUAUGGGAGUUGCAAAAUUGAAGGGUACGUUGUUGUCAAGUGUUGGUAUUUCUUCUCUGACCAUUUUGAGUCAUCUUGUCAAUUGUCUUUUGGAGAAAUGUAAAAGAAUAUUGAUUCAACUUAUUAUUCUUUUGAUUUCUAUAAUUAUUUUGAAGUUUAUGUACUGUGGUUUCAGAAAUUAAAAGACUUGUAAAUCAUUCAGCCAAAACGAACAAAACCUUAUAAUGUGUGCCUCCAUAGAGGUUUUUACCCUAAAAAA